CGACUACCGUUGCGAAAGGUCGCGCAGGAUGGAGGCCAACCGCCGGUUCCUUGACCAGCACCCUCCCGACGCCCGCCGCAGCACGAGCGCCAAGCCGACCACCAAGGCUGCGCUGCCGCACCGGUUCCGCUCCGCGCUGAGCAUGGCGGCCAUGCACAGCGACCAAGACGAGCUCGCCAAGCACAUCAAGCCGGGCCUGUACUUUUACAAGUUUCUGCAGCCCGUCGGCGGCCGGCGCCUCGAGCUCAACAUCCCCGACACAGUCCUCUGCGAGAGCAGCGAGAGUGCCAAGGAGGACGUCCUAUGGCUCGUGACGGACGCGUCUGGCCACAUUUGCUGCGUCGACCGCCCGAUCAACUGGAAGCGCAAGUUCAUCGCUGACAUCACCGUGCCGGCCUCGACACCCGCGCCAGUCGACCCAAGCGACUACCACGCCCAUUACAUCCCCAAGCCGACGAGCGAAGACGUGCUCGCUGUGCGCAAGAUGAGCAGCACCAAGCCGUUCGCGCCGCCGUCCACGACUACGAUUGCGAUUCCCAAGCGCCAUUUGGACCGCAUUCUGCAGAGCGACACCAAGAAGCUCGGGUACGUCGUACAAAAGUACAUUCGGUGUCGUGGCAUCAACGCCGCCUUUUACCGCGCCGUGUGGGUGCACGGCAGCCAGAACCCGUACGCGCUCUACAUCCUCAACAACAACAAAUUUUCCGACUAUGCCCGACCAACGGCCGAGCGAGCGCACGAGCUCGAACUGCAUGACACGUCGCUCGAGGUCGCGACCGACGUCGCCAAGUAUUACUGUGCGUCGAGCACCGCGCUCGAGCCGAGCGAGACGAACGGCGGUGUGCCCUUUGUACCAGAUUUGCACGCCUCCAAGCUCCGAGGCCCGCCGAUUCAGCCGGCGCUGGACGCGGUCGCCCGCAUUGUGCAGCACGUGCAGCACCACAUUCCGUGCGUCAAAUUCGAUGAAAUGGCCGUCGAUUUCAUCAAAGACAUUGACGGAAAAUGGUGGUUUCUCCAAGUUCAAUCGUUCCACUACAAGCUCCGAACGACGACGCCGCCGGACGUCAGCGACGUGUACGAGUCGCUCGUGUCGAUACCGAAGCGCCUCUCACUCCGCACAAAAGAAGCGUGUGCCAAGGCCCCGAAAGCUGUCGUGUCCUUACCGUCCUCGAUGCUGUGCUUCCUCUGCCAUGAAACCUUUGCGCUCUCGCUCGACGAUGUCGCAUCCUUGGGCUUGGUGCUGGACGACGACGACCACAUGAAGCUAGCGACCAACGUGUCGGGCUACAUCAUGACGUUCAAGAUGGUGCUCGACACAAUCUGCGGCCUCCGCCAGCGCGGCGUCUACAUGCACGUUUGGGAGGCAAGCGUCGCGCUGCAACGUGGCCUCAACCAGCAGCUCGUGCUCUCCAACGAGUGCCGGGUUUGCUUUGUGUGCUAUCAGAUCUAUAAACACCAAGUGCGCGUGACGACGACGGCACGAACGAUUCAUGCAUUCUUCCACGCCGACCCGACGCACCCGCCGCCGCCCGUCGUCCGCAUCGACGGCAUCCUCGCACGCAUCCUCGAAGCCCGGCGCGAGCACGACGUGCGCGACUUUACCUACGCCGAGCAAGCGCUGGCGAAACCGCGUCUGAGCGCUGUCCGCGGAACCGACGUCGACCCGAGCUGCGACCACUUUUGCGUGUGCUUGUUCUUUCAUGAAGUGCAGGACGUUGCGCUACGGACCGCGGUCGCCACCGACUAUGUGCUCGAGUACCAGCUCGGUCAAGCGUUUUGCAAGCUCUCCUUUGACGGCCCCAAGUUUCACUCGAUCCACCGCUGGCAACUCUGCGAAGCGAGAUUGCACUAUGUGCUGGCAUCCCCCGAGGCGUUUACCGAGUACUGCGUCGAAAGCAAAAUUCACGUCAAACUCAAAACGCGCGACGGCGUCUUUGCCGGCCACGCGUUUAUGUCGCUUAAACCUCUUUUGCUCGCGGCGCACGCAGCCAUGACGUCCGAUGAAGCCGACGCCAACGGUGAUGAGACCGUCAACCCGCGCCGACCCAGUGCAUUCCCGCGCAACUGCUCGUGCGAUGUGCUCGUACCGCUCAAGACCCAUGAUCUGGGCUUGCUCAAACUCAAAGUGACGCUGGGGCUGAUUGCGUCGCAGGACGAUUUUGCCAACUACCGCGCCGCCCUCGAAGACCUCGACGUUAUCCAAGAGAGCAACGUGUACUGGCCGCAGCUCUCGUAUUUCAAGCCGAGCGUCGUCCUUCCGAUCGAGUGGAUGACGCUCCUCACGUCGUCCGAGUAUGUGAGUCAUACGGCAGACAUUUCCCAGUCGAUUGAUGAGAGCGUGGCCCUCAACAUCCUCACGCUGCCGCACGAACCAGCGUCGCCCAAGGAAGAGAAGAAGCCCGACGAGAAGAUCCGCAACCACGACCGCGACAUGCAGCCGCCCCUCGCCACGGUCCGUCACGUGGUCUUUCGGCUCGCUGGCAACGUCGAGACGUUUCCGGCGCUGUUGCUGGGGCAUUUACUGCGAUCCGUGAGCUUUGGCAAACUCACGGGCGCCAAGCCCCGCGCCGCGUCAUGGCGAGCGCCUGCAACCCUGCGACUGACGGCCCACUACACCCUCGACACCAUUUUCGCAGGCCUCGUCAAGGCCAAACCGUCCCGCCUCGAGCCGAUCGCUGUCUUUGGCGAGCUCAUUUUGCUGCUUUUGGCGACCAAGCGCAUUCCGCGCGUCUUGAGUCUGAAAGCGCUCGAGGCGACGUUCUCGCCGUACUGGCUCCAGCGCACGGCGAGUGUCAUGGACCCGCUUCCGUCGCACGUCGACGACGCCGUCCUGCUCUCGAAGCGCGUACUUUGGAAUCGCGCGGUGCGGCGCUGUCAGCUCGCGGGCUUUGGGAACCCGUCCAUGGCCUUUGUGGCGCGGCUCGAGUGGCCCGGACACAUUCCGCCGACGCAAGUGCUGCACCGGAAACGAAGUCUUCGCACGCGGCUUCGCCUCUUGGCGUACGCCCAAAUGUUUGAGCUCGUCGAGAGCAACGACUCGGGCUACUUGGACAUUGGCGAGUUUCGCUGUUUGCCGCAGAGCAUGGGCAGCCACUCGCGACUGCUCAAGAAGCGCCGGUGCACGCGCACGAUGCCCGACUUUGUACAAGUGGCGCCCGGCGAUGUCGUUGUCGCUCCCACUAGCCCCGUCGAGCGCCGGUCGAGUCUCAAGCUCUCAGACGCCGAGCUCAACAACGCCAGUCAGCCAUUGGCGUCCAUGGCGCUCCUGCAUGCGUGGGACGACCGUCUCUUCUCGUGCGUCAUCACCGCCUUCGAAGCGACGCUCGCGUCUCUCGUGCAGAGCGCACAGUUUCAAGCUGCGUUUGCCCACUUUGACGAAUUUGGCUCGGGCGGCUAUGCCUACCACGAUUUCUGGCUCAUGGCCGAGAACGCGCUCCAAGACGGCAGUGGCGACCGGCAGCGCGUCGACGGCUUUUGCCUUCGGCACGGACUCACAGAGAUGUACGCCAACGACUACGUGUGUGUGCACUGCGACUUUGACUACUUGGACCCGUUCUUUCUCGAGGCCAGUGGCCCGACGCGCGUGGACGGACCCGUGGCAGUGAAGACCGAGACUGCGGACGAGGACGGGGACAACGACGAAGACGAGACACCGGCCGUGCCCCGGCUUCGCUCGCUGCGCUUCAAUCCGAGCGACUUUUGCAGCCAAAUCAUGCUGGAAGCCGCGCCGGACGAGCCAAAGCCCCACCGCUUCCUUCGGCAACACACGGUUGAUCUCGGGUCGCUGCCGUCGACGCGUCUUCGUCAUCGCAAGUCGUCGUCCCGACGUUCAUCCACGGACGUAGCGACCUUCGACGCACUUGCCUUGGCACCGCAACCGCAGGCAACCGAGGUGGACCCGGCAGCCGACGAUUUCCUAAACGAUGACGACGAUGACGACGACGACUCGUCACUGGCGUCGGCGGCGGCGGUCGUCCCGCAAGACGACGAGGAAGACGACGACCAGAUCGGCGCGCUCUCCUACUUCAAGCACGUCGAGAGCAACUUCAUCACAAAAGCAUUCGAAGACAAAGUCGAACACCGGAUCGCGCGCAAGUACGCGCCGAUCCAGAGCGUCGCGACGCUCGACCACGUCACCCGCGACGAGGUAGCGCUCCACGAGAUGCUCGAGCUUCUCGAGGCGGCCGAGAAAGAGUUGCACGAGACACCGCGGAAGCCGCAACUCUCGCCCAAGCCCAAGCGGCACUUGCAGAAGAGUGCGAGCGCCCCCGACACGAGCAACCAACAGCCGUUUGUGCGAGCGUCGACCGAUCCAGCAACCAAGAAGCUCGAUGCCAAGACCCAAGCCCGGCUGCUGGAAAGGCUCUGCAAACCGCCAAACAAACGCAUGCAGAGCAGCGCGUCGUACGCAAAUUUGCUGCAAAAGGAGAUGGCGCGGACCGGCAAGACCGACGUCCUCCGCAGCAUUGCGCGCAUGGAAGCCAAGCGGCGCGAGCUCGAUGACAAGGUCGCCGACGAGAUCCAGGGCAUCCGCGAGCAGUUAGCAUCCCUCCACGCGUCGACGCACCGGCGCAAUCGAUAAGGGACAGCAAAGAACGUUGCCAUUAGAGCUCUGCGACUUGCGGUCGGGGCGCGCUGGGCGCCGCGUUGUGCGAGACGAGCUCGGCGCGCCGGCUCUUGAGCGCCGACAUUUCAUUGCGAAUGUCA